GGGAGGAGGAGCAGGAGCAGGAGCAGGAGUAGGAGCAGGAGGAGGAGGUGCAGGCUCGACGGUAUCGCUGCCAACACUGUACGGCCGUCGCAGCCACUCCGCGCAUUCGAACAAGACAUACGGGGAGCCGGUAUCUCCCACGACGACGCUGCCUACGCACCGAUUUCCGCCGCUCAAUUCGCGCUUCGAUCCCGAGGCCCCACAUGCGCACAACACCACGCCGGUGCGACGAAACAAACCGCUCGAGCGACCGAAAACUUUCUACCGACUGUUUGGUUUUGGUACCGACCCGAAUAGUGGCAGUGACGCCGACGCGGCUUCUGGACCGAUUAGCUGGGCCGACGACCCAAAUGCGCCAUCGCCUGUUGCACUUCCGCAUAAGGCACUCGCGUUGCUGGGCAUCAGGGAGACGUCUGCUGGCUUCCGUAUGCCCGCGUCGCCAAAACCAUGCGACCAUCUGAACGACUUCGAGGACAACGAACUCCAAAGUAGCAAUCGACGACUGCCUUGCUUCAGCGAGCUGACCUACACGCCGAUCGAAGUGCCCCCUGCUCCGGAGCGCCUCUAUUUCCGUCCGCAAUCUCUAUGCUCCUCGUUUUCCGCGACAUCGACAGGAACGAUAGCGACGACGGUGACGUCGAUGACGGCUACCUCGCCUUCGCUUGGGGACCCGGAGGAGUAUGGGACGUUCAGCUCGGGUUCUGCUCCCGAGCUUCCAGUAGAGAUUGCCAUGCGGAUUUGCGAUUUCUUCGUUACCGAGACGCAUCAAGAAGAUCUGGGCCAAGACGAACGGCAUGAGCGCUGUCCCAACUGUGACAUCCACACGCUGUGGGCCCUUGCCCUGGUAUCACGUUCGUGGAACAGAGCCGCGACUCAAACACUCUAUCGAACGGUGUCAUUGGACUUUGGAUACUAUUCCGAGCCUACGCGCGACGAGGAUGGCAAGGGGGUAGCUCCGGAAUUCGUACCGUAUACCACUUGCCGUGGCCAUGCCGGUGCAGCACUACACACAAAGAUCGACAUCCAAGCGAAACUACAGCUCCUCUACCGAACGAUCUGGGAUUCGCAGGGCGAUAUCGGCGAGCGCAUCAGAGGAAUCAAGCUCCCGCGCAGGUUGUUCUCAAUUACCAAAUACCCACUCUCGGCGAUCCUGCAGAAAUGCCCGAAUCUAGAAUUUGUCGACCACGCGAUAGCCUCGGGAAGUCCGGAGGACCUCGUAUCGACACUGUCGAACUUAGUCCAGAUGAGACGCUGGACCUGGAAGCGCGAAACGGGGGUGAAAUACGAGCAGUGCAAGGUACGACAAAAGCGAAUGACCGCGAUGGUCGACAUGCAAAAGAACAUGCCGGGGCCGCCCCUUGCGAUCGCCAUCACCGUCUUCCCCCUCUGGACGAAACUCCGGCAUCUGGAGCUCAACAACCUACGACGUGAGGACAUCCCGGACGAGUUCGACUUCUGCGCGCUCAGCAGCCUCGAAUCAGUCACCUUAUGCAACCUCUGCAUCAUGGACCGAAACCCGGAAGCAGGGUUUCUCGAGCGCCUGCCGGCAUUGCGACGGCUGAAGAUCGAAAUGUGCCUCUUCAUCAGCGAGGAGCGGAUAUUCGCAUACCUGCAGCAGAAGGGCCACAAGAUGACGCACCUCGAGCUGCGCAAUUCGGCGAUGCCCAUGCACACCCUCUACCGACUGCUCGCGAGCACGCCGUCGAUCGUGCGCUUCUCGAUAUCGAAUGCACCCCCGGUGCCGCCGUUCUCGGGCCCCGACCUACCCACCGGCUUCACGCCUACCCUGCCACGGCUACCCGCAUUGAAACGGAUCACGGUCGAUAUGAAGCCGCUGCGCGAGAGCUUCGGGUUCCUACUGAGUCUCAUCGAAGACCGGGAGAAGACUCCAAUGCUGGAGACGAUGCGCAUGGGCUUCGAGGCGGCCGGCAAACGCAUCGACCUCGGCCGCGGCAGCCGCGCGAUGGACGUCGAGGAGAUGCGGAUGGAGGUUAGGUUACGGACCGAGUGUCUGUUUAGUAAUGUCCAGCUGCGACUGCUGGAGUAGGAGUGAUUAAUUCCAGGUAUUAAUUUUUUUUGUAGUGCUGUACAUAUUGAGGGUAGUGUUUUUACUUUUCGUUGGCGUUUUCUUUGGAUACCUACAAUUCUUUUUCAUGUUUGUUUGUUGUUUUUGCCGGCGGGCGUUUUGUUUCUGGUUUUUCAAGCUUCUCUGCAUGGUCUACUUGCUUGCUUCCUUGCUUGCUUCAGUAUUCUUUUCUUUUCUUUUCUUUUCUUUGAGAAGCACUCACCUAUGCUCAUUUAAUUUUUUAUCUACCAUAUCGACAGAUGAGGAUGAUGUUCCCUCAAGUUUCUUACCGUACUGGCGGCCGGUGUAAUCAAAACUUCAAAAGCGUUG